AUGACCAGAAAAUAUCUGAAACAUAAUACGACCUCGUCUACCCAUCCCCAGGCAUUCGGCGAAGCAAAUGUAUCGCAGCCAGAACUCAGGCAGUCGGAUUUUCCCUCUAGAAACGGUGGACCGGGGAAUGUUGCAGCCCAGGCCAAUACAGAUUGUGUUUUCACAGGCCCCGUACUCACCCAGAUUGAGGAUGGUUCAGAAGUUCUGAAUGGCAAUGUUUACGACGUGCAAAAACCGCAGCCACAAGGCUGGAAUGUUAUGCAAGGUGGCUUCGUAAAGGGAAACAGUAAACUUGUCAAUGGUAAUAUGCCCAAAGAAGCCUUCCUUGCAUACUUCUGCGCCAAAAAAAAGACCCCAUGA